AUGGCUAAUACUUGGAGAUGUGAUGGAUGCUUAGUCGAAAAUUCAGACGAUGCAUUAGAAUGUGUUUGUUGCAUGCAGAAAAGAAGCAUAAUUAAUGAUGAAAAAAAUGGUGACGUGAAUAUUAAUGGAAAUACAAAUAAUGAUGGGUUGUUAAUAAAUAUAGAUUCAAAUAAAAAAAAUGAAGAUGAGACAGUUGCUGAAAAUAAAAUAAAUGAAGAUAAGGAAAAUACUUCUAGAAUUGAUAUUAUAGGAGGAGGUGGUUUUAUUCCUUCAAUUAAAGCAACUAAUAAUACAAAUAAUAAAUCUAGAAGUAUUUUUUUAAAUAAUGUUUCAAAUAGUAAUGAAACUGAAACAACUACCAUGACUAAUGAUGAUAAUAAUUUACAUAUCAAUUCAAAAAAAAAUAAUUUUUCUGAUAAAGAACAAAAGGAAAGUAAGCAUAGUUUAGAUUCAUCUAAUAAAAAUGUUAGUCUUAAAUCUAAAAAAAAAAAAAAAUAUGAUAAAAAUGAUAAAGGUAUAUCAAAAAGGGUACAACCAACCCGAAAGUGUACAAAAAAAAAAAUUAAUUACAAAACAUGA